UAGAAAGCUCUUACGUGGCUAUCUUGUCGUUGUUAUCCGGUGAAGGUUUGUAGAUUCGAGGGUUCUAUUGUUGGGCAAUUUGUGUGAUAAACGUCCGAUAAAAGAAAAAACGACAAACUACUCUUUUGAACACUAACCCACAACGGAGCGAGAAUGGGAUCACUUCGUUGCUGCAGCGAUGAUCCAUCCAAGGUUACUUUCCCUCGAGACGCCAGCAGCAGAGUGCUACCUAUGGUGUGGAAGAUAUAGUUUCACCAUGUCAAAGACCUCAAACUAACGUUUAGCAACUUAAACGAACGCAAACAUGUACGGUUUAAACUGAAAUCCUAUACCCACGCAUUCGCCCAGGUGAAUCUUGGGGAUUGCUUAUUUUAAUUAGGACGGAAAAAACUUGUUCUUGUUUGAAAUACAUUCAUGUCUGUUUGGAGUUUUUUCCUCUUCUCUGAAGUAACAAAAAAAAAAAACAAACAAAUUCCCGGUGGCCGACAUUGUAUAUAAAACAGGGACUGCGCCAGUGAAAACAUGUAUUCGUUAAGUAGACGUGUGCUCAUCAUGUUGACUGGAAGCGUAGUCGUAUCGCUACUGAUCGUGGUAACCAUCUACGGAGUGAACAGUGCACCCUCGGCGACGAAGAACGUUGAAGUCUCUGACCGAGCUAACAGCGACCAGCUAUCAGCAGGUGAUGAUGGUGAUGAUUGCGAUCGAGCGGCACGGGAUUACGAAUUGAAACAAGUGCACGUGGUCUUCCGUCAUGGUCAACGGACGCCAGCCGAUACUUAUCCCAAUGAUCCGCUGAUCAAUAGCACAUUCGCUCCGUACGGUUGGGGCCAACUAACGAACUUCGGCAAGCAGAGUCUCUACAACAUCGGAGUAUGGUUACGCCAUCGCUACGCCAAACUCCUUGGGAAGCUGUACUACUCGGACAAGAUCUUCGCCCAAAGUACCGGCGUGUCUCGAACGCAGAUGUCAAUCGAGUUGGUUUUGGCUUCGCUAUAUCCGCCCGCAGAUACCGCCCAGGAGUGGAACAAAGCACUCAACUGGCAACCGAUUCCGUACUUCAGCGAACCUCUGGAUCAGGAUACGCUGCUACUGGUUCGGACAUCAUGCCCCCGCUACCACGAAGCACUAAUGGAAGUCAUGGACAGUGCUGAAGUUCGUCAAAUCCUGAACGAAAGUCAAGAGCUAUUCGAUAAUCUGACCCUCAUCACCGGUAUGAACAUAAAAACGCCAGACGACGUGCAAUCUCUGUAUAGUACACUGAAGGCGGAGUCCGAGUUCGGACUGCAGCUACCCGAGUGGACCAAGGAUUACUAUCCGGAAAAAAUGCUUCCACUGACUACUCUCAGCUACGUACUGAACGUCUACAACGAUGAAUUGAAGAAGUUGAAAGGCGGACCAUUCCUGAAGAAGACCCUCGGCGAAUGGGAAGCGGUGAUGGCCGCGGACGAGUUCUCUAGUGCGAAAAAUAAGAAAAUGUUUAUCUACGCUGGACACGAUUCAACGGUGGUUAACAUCCUUUCAGCGUUCAACGUGUGGAAAGAGCAAUUUCCAGGCUAUGCCAUCAUGGCACUGUUUGAACUGUACAAACAUCAAUUUUCAGGAGAAUAUUAUGUGAGAAUUUACCAGAAGAAUGUGGGGGAAUCGCCGGUUAGUCUGAAGAUUCCCGGCUGUAGUAAAUACUGUCCAGUGAAAAAGCUGAAAUCACUGUUAAGCAGUCACAUUAUGACCAAUAUGGCGGAACAGUGCAAGGCACAUGCUGCUGGCUUCGAGGAGCCACCACCAAGUGGACCCUGAAUCUCAGCGUGUGUGUGUGUUAGCGUUAGACUAGGGUAGGAUUGUUAAAUGUGAUGAAAAAUUA